UCUGUCCCAGCUGAGCCCACAGUGACCGUGUAUCCUGCAAAGACCCAGCGCCUGCAGCACCACAACCUCCUGGUCUGCUCCGUGAACGGCUUCUAUCCGGGCCACAUUGAGGUCCGCUGGCUGCGCAACGGCCAGGAAGAGGGGGCCGGGGUGGUGUCCACGGGCCUGAUCCGGAACGGAGACUGGACCUUCCAGACCCUGGUGAUGCUGGAGACAGUUCCCCGGAGCGGGGAGGUCUACACCUGCCAAGUGCGGCACCCCAGCAGCACCAGCCCUGUCACCGUGGAAUGGAGGGCCCAGUCUGGAUCCGCACAGAGCAAGGGGCUGAGUGGAGCCGGGGGCUUCGUGCUGGGGCUGCUCUUCCUCGGGGCGGGGCUGCUCAUCUACUUCAGGGCUCAGAAAGGACACUCUGGACUUCAGCCCACAGGACUCCUGAGCUGAGGUGGCCAUGGCGACAAGGGCAG